AUUUUUCCAAGAUGUCCGGGACGGAAGGUGGUGCUUUCGGUGCUGGGAAAGCUGGAACCCCAUUUGAUCCAGUGGCGUUCAUUAAAAAGCCACAAGUGAUUUUGCGACUUGCAAGCACGGUAUGGGCUAUGGUUGUGUUUGGAUGCAUAUCGGCUGAGGGCUGGUAUGAUGGUCAUUGUCAGAUGAAGGAUGACUCCAAUGCCUGUAACUAUGGUGUAGGAAUUGGAGUUUUAGCAUUCCUUAUUUGUAUCGGAUUUCUUGUGGUUGAUGGCCUGUUUGAAAACAUCAGCAGUGUGCAAUACAGAAAAUAUGUUGUUAUUGCUGACAUGUGUGUAUCAGCUCUGUGGACAUUCCUGUGGUUUGUUGGUUUCUGCUAUAUGACGGAUGCCUGGAACCACUCUCCUGAUGCUAGCCCGUACCGUGCUCCUCAUGGUCAUGGACGUGAUCAUGUCCAAGCAGCCAUAGCAUUUUCCUUCUUCUCCAUUGCUUCUUGGGGUGGUCUCACCUUCUUUGCUGUAAGGCGCUACCGGGAAGGUUCCCAGGAAACAUUCACUCAAGGAUAUGAAACCGAACAAAAUGCAUCCUCUCCAUACUCAUCAUUCCCUGGCAGUGAUACCGGUGACCCAUAUCAACAACCACCAUUCAGUGGCCAGAAGGAGGCUCCUGAUUUCCAGCCACCAACCUAUUAGGAAAGGAGUAUUUAAAUACCCAUAGUCAAUGGUGGGGAAACAAGAAAGAAUCAAAAGGAUCAGCCACACUAGUGUUACCAUGGUCACUGUUAGGAAGUUGUAUUAGACUGUUGUCAAGUGUAGGAUAAGGAUUGGAUAUUUAUAUAUGUAGAUGUCAGAUCAUGGUAUAUCUGGGAUGCUUGAAGGUCAUUUUGGCUUCAUGAUUUUUAAAUACAAAUGCAUAGUUAAAGCCUAUUUAUUUAUUGUCUGAUAAGUAUUAAAGAAAGAAGAUUCCAAUUUGUUGGGUUAAAAAUGUAAAAAGUGAAAUUGAUGGUGUGAUCACUGCAGUGCUGCUAACUUUUUAAAAGAAGUUCUAGAGAUCUUAGCUAUGCUUUUUGAUUCUCUCAUAUGUGGCUGACGUUAAACAAUUAGUCCAGGGACUUAGGAAAGUUUGGUGGAGUAAACAAAUGGCAGACAGUAUAUGAAUCAAUUUUGCAGUCUUUCUGAUACUUGAGGAUUUCUACUAAAAAAGAUAACUCAAGGAUAUAUUUUUUGGCAAGCAAAUAUUGAUCUGUUACUGUAGAAGGCAGUGUAUAUGAUGGUCUACCAUAUACUUAAUGGGGUUAUGGUUUGGGAAAGGGUGACUAUCAGCAGGAAUUUAUAUUUAUUGAAGUGAUAUGUGGAAAGUGUAUUGUAUUGAGGGACAUGGUAUGAUUUUUUUUAUAUAUAAAAAACAGAAAAGAAGACAACUGAGCUAACCAACCUCAGUGUGUUCAGCACCAAGGACAACUGAUCUCAUAGUUUCCCUGGUAGGAAUAAGGCACAAAGGUAGGAAAUCCAUAUUGUAUAAGUAUGAUCUUUGAUUCUCUUCUGUGUUGUGAUUAGCUAAGACUAUGUAUUUAUCAGUUUGAUGGAUCUCUUUGGAGUGUGUAGCUUUACUUGAAAUGGACUUUCUAUGCUAUUACUUAACAUCUCAAAAUGUUAUUUACUCUAAACCAGGGGAAAUUAAUCCGGUGGAAUUCCCUUACCUAUAAAUAUUUAAUAAAAGUGAUAUGAUAAAAAAAGAUAGCCACAGUCAGAAUGAAGUAUACAUUACCCACCUGUAGAUGUAGGCAUAUUCACUAGUUAGGAUGCUCACAUUGGCAUGUUGUGUAGAUGUUGAGCCAGCAUUGGUGAUGUGACUGACUUUAAGAGCUAUACUUGUUAGCCUCAGUGAUGUGACUGGCCUCUAAGAACUAGCUUCCAUUAUUUGACUGGACACUAUAUAUUAUAACUAGCCUCUGUCAUUUGACUGGACACUAUUAUAACUAGCCUCCAUCAUUUGACUGGACACUAUUAUAGCUAGCCUCCAUCAUUUGACUGGACACUAUUAUAACUAGCCUCCAUUAUUUGACUGGACACUAUAUAUUAUAACUAGCCUCCAUCAUUUGACUGGACACUAUUAUAACUAGCCUCCAUCAUUUGACUGGACACUAUAUAUUAUAACUAGCCUCCAUUAUUUGACUGGACACUAUAUAUUAUAACUAGCCUCCAUCAUUUGACUGGACACUAUUAUAGCUAGCCUCCAUCAUUUGACUGGACACUAUUAUAGCUAGCUUCCAUCAUUUGACUGGACACUAUUAUAGCUAGCUUCCAUCAUUUGACUGGACACUAUAUAUUAUAACUAGCCUCAGUCAUUUGACUGGACACUAUUAUAACUAGCCUCCAUUAUUUGACUGGACACUAUAUAUUAUAACUAGCCUCCAUUAUUUGACUGGACACUAUAUAUUAUAACUAGCUUCCAUCAUUUGACUGGACACUAUAUAUUAUAUCUAGCCUCCAUCAUUUGACUGGACACUAUAUAUUAUAACUAGCCUCCAUCAUUUGACUGGACACUAUAUAUUAUAACUAGCCUCCAUCAUUUGACUGGACACUAUAUAUUAUAACUAGCUUCCAUCAUUUGACUGGACACUAUAUUUUAUAACUAGCCUCCAUCAUUUGACUGGACACUAUAUAUUAUAACUAGCCUCUGUCAUUUGACUGGACACUAUAUAUUAUAACUAGCUUCCAUCAUUUGACUGGACACUAUAUUUUAUAACUAGCCUCAGUCAUUUGACUGGACACUAUUAUAACUAGCCUCCAUUAUUUGACUGGACACUAUAUAUUAUAACUAGCCUCCAUCAUUUGACUGGACACUAUUAUAGCUAGCCUCCAUCAUUUGACUGGACACUAUUAUAACUAGCCUCCAUUAUUUGACUGGACACUAUAUAUUAUAACUAGCCUCCAUCAUUUGACUGGACACUAUUAUAGCUAGCCUCCAUCAUUUGACUGGACACUAUUAUAACUAGCCUCCAUUAUUUGACUGGACACUAUAUAUUAUAACUAGCCUCCAUCAUUUGACUGGACACUAUUAUAGCUAGCCUCCAUCAUUUGACUGGACACUAUAUAUUAUAACUAGCCUCCAUCAUUUGACUGGACACUAUAUAUUAUAACUAGCCUCCAUCAUUUGACUGGACACUAUAUAUUAUAACUAGCCUCAGUCAUUUGACUGGACACUAUUAUAACUAGCCUCCAUUAUUUGACUGGACACUAUAUAUUAUAACUAGCCUCCAUCAUUUGACUGGACACUAUUAUAGCUAGUCUCCAUCAUUUGACUGGACACUAUUAUAGCUAGCCUCCAUCAUUUGACUGGACACUAUUAUAACUAGCCUCCAUUAUUUGACUGGACACUAUAUAUUAUAACUAGCCUCCAUCAUUUGACUGGACACUAUUAUAGCUAGCCUCCAUCAUUUGACUGGACACUAUAUAUUAUAACUAGCCUCCAUCAUUUGACUGGACACUAUAUAUUAUAACUAGCCUCCAUCAUUUGACUGGACACUAUAUAUUAUAACUAGCCUCUGUCAUUUGACUGGACACUAUUAUAGCUAGCCUCCAUCAUUUGACUGGACACUAUAUAUUAUAUCUAGCCUCCAUCAUUUGACUGGACACUAUAUACAAUGUAUUAUAACUAGCCUCUGUCAUUUGACUGAUAUGCUAAUGCUGGUAGUUAAAUUUGUUUUGACUUCAAUUAUAUUGCGAUAGAGAACAGAUGUAAAGGCACUACCUGUUCUUCAAAAAAGUUUAGGCUAGCUUGUUGAUCUGUAGAACAUUUAACUACCAACUUGCUCUUUACUAAGCAUGUUGUGAGGUAAGCUUGUCAGCCAGCAGUACUGUACCAGUUUUAAUCGUUAUUCAUGUGAUAUUCCUUUUUUUCACAGUUUAUUUUAUUUGAAAGUGAAUCAUUCCAUUUCUUUAAUUUGUGUGUAACUUGUGCUAUCUAUAUAUAUUAUAUAAAUGUAUUCCUGACUGGGUGAGUGUAAGAGUGUCUCUAAUGUCUUCGGCAGACUAGACUGCUAUUGGUAUGGUUUCUUUUAUAGUAUUUUAAUGUUGACUUGUAUACAUAUAUAUAUUUACAUUUUUUAUUAUUAUCGUAAUUUAUAUCUUUAUUUCAAAAUAGAUUAUUGAUUUUGUUAUGUUUGAGUUUAAAGUACAUUUAUUUCUGAAUCAGUCAAUGAUUUGUUAUUAACUGUCUGAUGUAAACAUUAAUACUCCGAAAAUACCACAAAUAUUCAAAAUGUAAGAGACCUUUACCAUAAACAUGUAUUCUAGUUUGCACAGACUCUUGUAUUCUUAAACGUACAAAAUUUCUAUUUUAUCCUAGUUUAUGUGGAUUUUGUUGUCAUAGUAACUACAGAUGCUUCCAUUAAUCCUGGUUUUGUAAUAUUAGGUUCAGUUAUUGUUUUAGAUUUUGUGUUAUUAUCCUGAUUCUAACCAAUAUGACCUGUGUUGAUGUUGGUGUCAUUGUGGCUCAGGUUUUCAUCGCUUCACUUCCAAUGUAUUGGCUCAUCAAUGAUUGACAGGGCCCCAUCGUGGUGUCAGUGUGGUUGCUCCAUCAGCUGAAUUGACAUAUCACCGAUGUUGUUGGCUGUGUAUCCUGUAUGUGUGUGGUGCAUGUUAGACUUGUGCCACUAUGCUGUCCCAUAAGCCAAAGUGUAUUUCUUGUGGUGGAAGAGCUACUUUUUGUUUUUUGAUUUGUAGACUGAUUAUACAAACAUGAUUUAAUUGUUUUAUUGUUUGUGAUACAUAUUAUUGAAAAACACAAACAACAGAAACAUUAUAGAUAGGCUUUGCAAAAACAAAGACAUGUGUCUUGCUUAGUGUUUUAAAAAGUGUGUACUGGAUUUUUAUUUGAAAACUGCAAGGCAUGAUUGAUUAAAAUGAAAUCCAGUCUUUAAUUUGUUUUAGCUGUACUAAAAGAUAAGAAGUAAGCAUCUAGAAAUCCAUACAAUAAUACAAAUAAAUGUUUUCUCAGACUCUAAUUAAAAUUAAUUCUAAAAGUUGUCACAUUUCUGCACAGAUAAUCUAAUUAAAAUUAAUUCUAAAAGUUGUCACAUUAAACUCAUUAACAGGAUUGACCAUAGACAUUACUGGUAGUAUUUAAAACCUGGCCAACAAGAUGUUUGUGACACAUUGUAUAUACUUAUAACAUUAUAUAGAAUAAAUUAAUGUUGACUUUUUAAGUUUAUUUCUUUAUACUUUUUUGCAAUAUACUGGUGAACAUAUCUUUUCAACAUUAUUUAUUCAAAACCAUUGCUGAAUAAUAAAGUGUAUGAUCAAUUGAAUAUACUGCCUAGUGCAAUAUUAUGUUGGCAAUCAUAAAAAGCUUAUUAGUUAUCGCAGGAUCAAUGACUAGACAAUGACAAAUACUAGUACUCUUCUGGUCAGAACCUGUCUCUUCUAUGCUUAGCACGUCUUUUCUAAUCCAUUUUCAUCAAUUUCUUGAUUUACUGAAUUAUUAGAAUUUUACAGUAAGAACACAGCAAUUCCAUAGCAAUACUUUGCCAAAGAACAUCCCUUUAAUUAAUGGACAGGACAGUUCUUGACCAGGACAUAACAAAUCUCUUUUGUUUUUUAAGGUAGGCAAAGGCACCAUACUUACAAAACGUGUGAGCUGCUGAGAAUAAUCAAAUGAAGUGAAGAGUGGUAUUUUGUUGUGUAUAAUUUCAAUACCAUAAUUUUUCAAAGAUUUGAGCUUUUGAAUUUUGAUUUUUGAUAUUAAAUGGUUCUGAAUCCAUACACCAAUGUUGAUACGUACAUUUGUGCACUGAUCAUACUUUUACUUCCAAAUUCCUAUGUAUUUGCAAAGGAAAUAUUUCUACUACUUUUGAUAUGAAACAUCCAAAUGUCUUAACAUAUCUAAAGCAUAGCGAUCUCAACAAUUAAUUUGCCAAAAUGUCAUUGAUACUGAUGUCACUGUUGAAGAAAUAAAGAUAAAGGUAUAUAUGUGUUUGAUGGGACAAAAAUAGGGAUAUUUGUGUUUAAUAAGCAUAGCAUUCUUUAAUGAUAUUACUCAUCAUGUUAGUAUCUAGAAGGGAUAAGUCACUGUUUGCAUACUGUUAUUAAUAUGUCCAUCAUUCACUUGUAUUCAUCAGUACAACUUAUUAAAGCCACAUUAUUUUAACUGUGUUGAAGGCUUCCCAAUGUUCUCUGUUACACAGAACUGAACCACACCCCAUCUUGCCUACGUAAUGUUUUGUCAACACCAGGUAUUACCAAAAUUUUGCUGCCUUGCUAUCAAUUUCAAAUUUGGAAAGAGGGUCCAUCAACUAAUAGUCUCAAAAUUAUGCAUUUUAAAAUAUUCAUAUUUAAUAUAAAUAUCUCGUGAUUAUAUGAGCUAAAUGGAACGUGACUAUUUGCAAUCCAAUAUGUUGUGUAUGUUUUACAUGUGUACAUGUAAUACAAAUUGUAUAUGUUCAUGUAGCUUAUAUUACAAGUUGUGUAUACUAUCUUUUUACAAGUUAUAAUAUACAUUUACUUGUAGUACAAGUGGUGUGUGUAUAAUUCCUUGUAUUAUAAGUUGUACACUCCUAGUUUGUGUCACCAGUUGUUAACACUAUGCACAGAGAAUCCUAUUCAGAUUAUUGUUGUUAUUGUCUACAUUACCAGCUAUUAUCAUAUCUUUGUAACUAAACACCUUGUUUAUCUGUUAUAUCUGUCACCAAGUCAUGGUUGUUUCACUGAAUUUUACUACACACCUCGUCUGUUAUAACUCACCGAGUGUAACUACACACCUCGUCUGUUAUAACUGUCACCGAGUGUAACUACACACCUCGUCUGUUAUAACUGUCACCGAGUGUAACUACACACCUCGUCUGUUAUAACUGUCACCGAGUGUAACUACACACCUCGUCUGUUAUAACUGUAACCGAGUGUAACUACACACCUCGUCUGUUAUAACUGUCACCGAGUGUAACUACACACCUCGUCUGUUAUAACUGUCACCGAGUGUAACUACACACCUCGUCUGUUAUAACUGUCACCUAGUGUAACUACACACCUCGUCUGUUAUAACUGUCACCGAGUGUAACUACACACCUCGUCUGUUAUAACUGUCACCGAGUGUAACUACACACCUCGUCUGUUAUAACUGUCACCGAAUGUAACUACACACCUUGUCUGUUAUAACUGUCACCAAGUGUAACUACACACCUCGUCUGUUAUAUCUCACCUAGUGUAACUACACACCUCGUCUGUUAUAACUGUCACCGAGUGUAACUACACACCUCGUCUGUUAUAACUGUCACCGAGUGUAACUACACACCUCGUCUGUUAUAACUGCCACCGAGUGUAACUACACACCUCGUCUGUUAUAACUGUCACCGAGUGUAACUACACACCUCGUCUGUUAUAACUGUCACCGAGUGUAACUACACACCUCAACUGUUAUAACUGUCAAUGAGUGUAACUACACACCUCGUCUGUUAUAACUGUCACCUAGUGUAACUACACACCUCGUCUGUUAUAACUGUCACCGAGUGUAACUACACACCUCGUCUGUUAUAACUGUCACCGAGUGUAACUACACACCUCGUCUGUUAUAACUGUCACCGAGUGUAACUACACACCUCGUCUGUUAUAACUGUCACCGAGUGUAACUACACACCUCGUCUGUUAUAACUGUCACCGAAUGUAACUACACACCUUGUCUGUUAUAACUGUCACCAAGUGUAACUACACACCUCGUCUGUUAUAUCUCACCUAGUGUAACUACACACCUCGUCUGUUAUAACUGUCACCGAGUGUAACUACACACCUCGUCUGUUAUAACUGUCACCGAGUGUAACUACACACCUCGUCUGUUAUAACUGCCACCGAGUGUAACUACACACCUCGUCUGUUAUAACUGUCACCGAGUGUAACUACACACCUCGUCUGUUAUAACUGUCACCGAGUGUAACUACACACCUCAACUGUUAUAACUGUCAAUGAGUGUAACUACACACCUCGUCUGUUAUAACUGUCACCUAGUGUAACUACACACCUCGUCUGUUAUAACUGUCACCGAGUGUAACUACACACCUCGUCUGUUAUAACUGUCACCGAGUGUAACUACACACCUCGUCUGUUAUAACUGUCACCGAGUGUAACUACACACCUCGUCUGUUAUAACUGUCACCGAGUGUAACUACACACCUCGUCUGUUAUAACUGUAACCGAGUGUAACUACACACCUCGUCUGUUAUAACUGUCACCGAGUGUAACUACACACCUCGUCUGUUAUAACUGUCACCGAGUGUAACUACACACCUCGUCUGUUAUAACUGUCACCUAGUGUAACUACACACCUCGUCUGUUAUAACUGUCACCUAGUGUAACUACACACCUCGUCUGUUAUAACUGUCACCGAGUGUAACUACACACCUCGUCUGUUAUAACUGUAACCGAGUGUAACUACACACCUCGUCUGUUAUAACUGUCACCGAGUGUAACUACACACCUCGUCUGUUAUAACUGUCACCGAGUGUAACUACACACCUCGUCUGUUAUAACUGUAACCAAGUGUUACAUCACACCUUGACUAUUAUUAGAUCUUCGUGACAUAGCCUGUGUGUUAGUGUCCCAUUGUUAUGUAUAGAUACCUAAAUGUUAUUUCCAGCUGGUAUGUACAUGUAUGUAAGGAGAGAACAGACGGUUGUCUUACUACCAGUUGGUUCAUAUGUAAGUUAGUUUCAACAACUGUGUAUAUCUGUUCUAGUAUAGGUAUAAUUAGACUACAAUCUGUUGUAUGUACAGCAUAAUGGUUCUCGUCAACAUGUCUUGACAUGUAUGGUUGAAUAAAAGAUUUUCAAACGAA